AUGGACGAACACGAUCAUCGGAGUGUGAUAAUUUUUUACACCCGCGACCGUUACUACCAUACGAUGCAGCGGGCCGUGUUGGAUGCAAUGGCGAAGUACACGAGCGAUGUUAGUUUUCGGUUUUUCAACGGCCUUGCACUGGUCCUGGAUGGCGCCCGCAUUCAGGAAGGCAUCCGGGAGCUAACCCAGCUGCAGAACGAGUACGAUUUCGGGAUGGCCGUUACACUCGCCUUGAUGUACGCCCACAAGCGGUGCCACACGGUCGACAAGGAGGAGCUGAUCCGACUGGAUGGCAAGCUGAAGGACGAGCGAAAAAAACUGAACGCCAACUCGGCGUACUACUCCGGGCUGUUUCUGUUCAUGAGUGGCAAAGUGGAGAAGGCCAAGGAGUAUGCAGACAAGGCGUUGCGGCUUGCCCCGGAACACGCCGACGCGCUUUCGUUGAAGGGUUGGUCGGAGGUGCAACUGGGCAACACGACCAACCAUACACUGGAUCUGUUCAACAAAGCGCUUCGCAGUGGUAAGCACCUGGACGCCAGCCUCGGCCAGGUUCGGUACCAUCAGCUGAACAACGAUUUCGACACCGCUAUCGGCGUGCUGAAUCGAUUGGGAUUGCGCUACCCGAACCUGAUCAUUCCGUUGGUGGAAAAGAUGAAGACACACCUGUCGAACUGGCACUGGGACAAUGCUACGGAGAUGGCAAACCGCAUACUGAACGCCGAACCCGCUAACCUUGAGGCGCUGAAGAUUAAAAUUAUGGUCCUGAUGGUGAAGGACGGUAACUACGGUGCCGGGGCGAACGCCCUGCAGUAUCUGUUCAAAUCGGCGAAAAAGAUCGAACCAUCGAAUGGAAAGUUGUUCCUGCAACUGGGUCAACUCUACUCCACCAUCUGCGGCCGUGACGCCCGGGUGCUCGAGGAAACGUUCAAGUUCGUGGAACAUGCAGUCAAAAUCAAUGCGUCCGAUGCGGAGUAUCUGACCGAGCUGGGCUACCAGGCUAUCCUGCAGUACCGGUACAAGGACGCGGUGGCGUACUUUAAGAGUGCCACCAAAAUCAACGACAGCUCGAUCAAUGCACUGUGCGGCUUAACGUUCUGUCACCUGAUGGAAAGUGGUGUUUCGGAGCAGGUAGCACAGCAGCUCGAGUUCCUGACUGAAAUCCAGGGCCCGGUGGCGAAUCCACUGCUGCAGUUUAUGAGCGCCAAGCUGCAGGUCGACAAUCACUCGAAAGCGAUUGCCCUGCUGUCGGCCGCCUCGGAGGCCCAUUUCAAAAACCUUAAAGCCCUCUCGUACGGACCCGAUUAUAUGCGGCUGUUCAAUCCGGACUUUUUGCUCCAGCUCGUCCAUGAGCUGCUCUCGCACUCGCCGGUGAAGAGCAUUGUUUCGGUCGCGAUGGGUGGCCUGUCUGGCGGGCCGCACUCGCUGCUCCUUCAGUGCGCCAACAUACUGGACAUGGUGGUCAAGGCGUGUCCGGGCCUGGUGGAAGCCGCCUACCAGUUGGCGUUGGUCCAGUAUUUGAGCUUCGAGAAGGGUGCUGCCACUUUGACGUUGAACCGUAUUCUAACGGACUUGGAUCCGUCCAACUCCGAGGCACACUUGUUGCUCGCGCAAAUUUACAUCGAACAGAAACUGUACCAGCGGGCGGGCCAAAGUCUGGAGAUUUGUCUCAGCCACAGCUUCAAGGUGCGAGAAAACCCUAUGUACCACCUGCUGCAGGGCAUCAUUCAGAAAAAUCAGCAACAGUACGAGGAUGCGAUGAAAAGCUUUAUGUUGGCCAUGAAUCUGUGCGGUGUCAGUGCUAGCAAGGUUGGAGGAUCGAUUGGCGCCAGCAGCAAGUCCCAACCGACGGCAGCCAGCGCUAACCGACUCACGUUGGCGGAUCGGCUGACACUGUACCUGGAGGUGAUUGGCACGCACCAGCAGAUGAACCAAAACACCGAAGCGUUCAAGCUGCUCGACGCGGUGACAUCCGAGUUCGCGGACACUAGCGAAGAGGGUCGGCUUAUGAUAGCGAUGGCCGACCUGUACCUGCAGCAAGGCAACCACAUCAAGGCGAUCGAGCUGCUGAAAAAGAUGCUACCGAGCCAUUUGUACUACAUGCAGGCAAAGAUGAAGAUGGCGUACAUCUAUCUUAACCAUCGCAAAGACCGGCUAGCGUUUGCGCAGUGCUUUCGCGAGUUGGUGGCCAACUGUUUGAGUGCGUCGAGCUACCUAAUGCUGGGUGAUGCGAUGAUGUCCAUACAGGAACCGGAUGAUGCUAUCGAAGCGUACCGAGAAGCACUGCGCCAGAAUCCCUGCGAUAUGUUGCUGUCCAGCAAGCUCGGGCGAGCGUACGUGCGGGCCCACCAGUACCACAAAGCGAUCGCCUACUACCAGGAAGCUAUCGAGAGCCCGGAAAACUAUCCGUUGCAGCUGGAUUUGGCGGAGCUGUAUCUGAAGCUCAAGCAGUACCAAAAUGCGGAGGACACGCUUUCGAAAGAUUUAAACUAUACCGGGCUCGAUGGCGACGACGUAGGCGUACUGCAAAUGCGAACGAAGAAACUGCUGCUGCUGGCCCGGGUACGAGAAAAAGCCGGCCAAUUGAACUCUUCCUUGCAAACGCUGAAACAGGCACGCGAUAACCAGCUAAAGGUAGAACAGCGCCUGCUGUUGGGUCAGAAAAGCGCGUUGAGUGAGCAGAAUAAGAUGCUUUCAAAAAUAUGUGUCCUAAUGGCGGAACAAUCGAUGGCGAUACGUGACAAUGAGCAGAUGGUUCACCACUACAAAGAGGCGCUCAAGUACGCGCAAGGUGAUACAAAGGUGAUGGCCUCGUUGGCCCGCAUUUACAUGCAACUGAAUCAGAUGAAUGAGUGUCAGGCAAUGUGUGCCCAGAUCUUCCAGCUUGAUCCUAACAAUGAGACGGCGCUGGUCAUGAUGGCCGACUUGUCCUUCCGGCGGAUAGAUUUUGAAAGUGCGGCCUACCACUUCUCGCAGCUGCUGCUCAAUCAGCCGACCUACUGGACAGCGCUCGCCCGUAUGAUCGAGGUGAUGCGACGCAGCGGAACCCUGACGGAUGCGGCCGCCUUUCUGCAGCGAGCGGAAGACGAAGCAAAUCGAAACGAUGGUGGAGCGGGCCAAAGCUAUUGCAAGGGCCUGUACGAGUGGUACCGAGGGAACCCGAACAGUGCACUGCGGCUGUUCAACUACUGCCGCCGAGACGCCGAGUGGGGCCAGCAAGCUAUCUACAAUAUGAUCGAAAUUUGCCUCAACCCGGACGGCGAUUUGCCCAGCGAGGUGACCGUCAUCGACAUCGGGGCGGAUGAUCUGGAGAUCAAGGAUUCGCGCGUCAUGGCCCUGCGAACCGCCGAGCGGCUGCUAAGCGAACUGCAGCCUCGACCGGGCGUAAUGGACAACGAGACACUCAACCACCGUUUGCUGGAGAACUUUUUGCUGUUGGCUUCACGCCAGAAAAGUAACGUCGAGAAGGCGCUGCAGAACUUUACCGCCAUUGCUUCGCAGGACGAAUACCGGGAGCACGUUGGUGCGAUUUAUGGUAUGGCGGCAACGUACGUCGUGCUGAAGCAGAACCAGCGGGCGAAAAACCAACUCAAGCGCGUUGCCAAAAACGCAUGGGUGUUUGAGGAAGCCGAGUACCUGGAGAAGUGUUGGCUGCUGUUGGCUGAUCUCUACAUUAUGGCCGGCAAGUAUGAGCUUGCGAUGGAGCUGCUCAAGCGCGUCCUGCAGCACAACAAAUCGUGCACCAAGGCGAACGAACUGUGCGGCAUCGCGGCGGAAAAGGAACCCAACUACCGUGCGGCGGCGGCCAGUUACGACAGUGCCUGGCGCUACUGUGGCAAAUCGAAGCCCAACAUCGGCUACAAGCUGGCUUUUUCGUAUAUGAAGAACAAACGGUACGCCGACGCAAUCGAUGUUUGUCAGCAGGUUCUCAAAUUGCACCCCGACUAUCCGUCCAUCCGAAAGGAAAUCUUGGACAAAUGCAGAAACAACCUCAAAUCGUAGGUCUGAGAUUGCUCUAUUUGCUCCUAGGUUGAGGUGUAAAGGAAGGACACGAAGGACAAACUGUUAGCUGCACAGUACAGUAAGUUAAUCUUAGCAACGGAGGCAGACGUCAUAAGCAAGAAGUUGUUGCACAAACAAA